AUGAAAGUUUUGCCAGUUCUUCUUCUAGGCACCCUGUCUCUUCUAGAUCAAGUAACCGCUUCUUCUAAACUAGACCAAGAUGAUGUAGUUCGAAGGUAUACUAAUGGAACCUCAUCGUCGCAUACAACUUCUUCUACCAUAUUAUCAAAAGGGUCUCCGACCACCACACUCAUUUCAUCUAGCACAUUGUCUAUCUCUUGUACGGCAACAGUCACUUCAACAAGCGGCCAGCCCUUAAUAGCUGCAAGAGAAGCUUGUCCUACCACUGUCACUAUCGUCCAUACACCCACAUCACUUCCACAUACUAAUAUAGCUGUCGUUGAGGCAUCUACUUCUGAAAAGGCUACCGUUGCAACCUCAGCCAAGUCAUCCAUAUUGAAAGAAUCGGUACACACUACCAUCUCCAACACAUAUCUCAAAUCGAGUCCUACUAGUUCUCACUCAGCCUCUUUAUCACUCCAGUCUUCGAAAGCUUCUGUUGAAGCGUCCGAUAAAUUCUCAAAUACUGCUAUUGCUUCUAGUACUACCACUUCAAAGUCAACUGAGCCAAUAAGUUUAGUGACAUCAAAAACUCUCAGUAAUCCAACCCAGCCUUCAACUGUCUCAACCGCAUCCACUGCUUCGCAUUCAAUUAUAGUUGGUGAACCUUCAUUAUCAAAGACAUCUGGGUUGUCUUCGAAAACACUUUCUUCGACGACUUUAUCUGGUGGCACGACAACAACGCAAGCUUUCACACUGACAGUACCGUCAGCUGAAUCGACCAAACUCCUUGCAUCUUCAAAAACCAUCAGCUCAUCUGCCUCGUCAGCGCAUACUGAUAUAUCAAAGUCUGAUCCUUCAUUUAUCUCUAGUACAUCAAAGUCUAUUGAUUCUUUAUCCUCAAAUCUUAUUUCUACCACCAAGAGCGAGUCUAUCGCAUCCAGGACUUCCAAUUCUGCUCCAUCUACGACUGUGUUCUCUACAUCUUCUGGAACAAUAGUCUCCCAGCCAACUGUUCCAGCUUCUACUGCUCUAAAUUCAAAACCUAGCUCUGAUGCUAAUUUGGUAUCUUCAAGUGGAUUAUCAGGGACAUUGACGUCAAAAACAUCCGAAUCUUCUCUUCAGUCAACACAUGAGUCCAAAUCAGAAGAUAGCUUGACCCGAUCUUCAAUAAAUUCUACAUCUAGCUCUCUUUCAAGAGCUUCUGAGACUUCUAUUCAAUCGACACGUGAUUCGAAAUCGGAGAUUGGCUCGGAGCCUUCAAAGGAAUCGUCAAAUAUCUUGACGUCCAAGACACCUGGGCCUUCCUCUGGUCAAACAACAACCGAAGCCAAAUCGGAAUUCAGUUUAACACCUUCUGCACAAGUACCUACUACGACUGCAGUCUUACCCUCCGAAACGUCAAGAUCGUCUAUUCAGACAAUACGUGAGAGCAAAUCAGAGUCAAGCCUAUCCCUCUCGGUAAAUUCAUCGGUUCUCUCAACUUCUGCAAGUUCAAAGACGUCUUCUGCUCAAACAACGCAAGAAAGCAAAUCAGAAAUAAGCAAAUCCGCUUCAUCGGCUUCAUCAGUUCUAGGCCUCUCAACCUCAAAAGCGUCUGGGGCACCGACUCAAACUCAAAAUCAAUCGACCAAAGAAUUACAAUCCAGUUCUUCUACUACUGUAACUCAACCAACUGUAGUAUCGUCAAAGACUAAAACUCAGAUUACUCCAACCACUCAAGAGUCAUCUUCGGGGAAGCAGUCGAGUACUCACAGCCCAAUUUCUGACGCUACCAUAUCUCACAGCUCGAGUGUACAGUCACUCUCUUCGUCUGGAAUUAAGCAGUCACAGACUACAUCUCAUAGCUCGAGUGUGCAAGGACAAUCUUCUUCUGUAAUCAAGCAAUCAGAUACUACAUCUCAUAGCUCGGGUGUACAAGGACAAAGUAGUACGUCGGAAACAAAGAUCACGAGCAAAACUGCCGAGACUUCUGCUACAGGAAAACCGGAAACUACUUCUCAAAGUACAAAGCUUGCAAGUACCACUGAGAAGUUAAGCACCUCUACACGAGUACUUGAAACUGCUACAACAAGUGUCAAAUCAUCAGUCAGUGAAACUCCAAAGCAUAGCAGUUCAGUAGAGGGAGUAUCUACAUCGAUUAAGGCCUCAGAAGUCCAUUCAAGUAGCACUGCCUCCUCCAAUCGAUCAGAAAAGACUGAGACUACAAAAACAACUGAAAGGGCUUCUCAUAUAUCCUCUUCAUUACCCAGUAAGACUACAGGUGAUACUUCUUCUACUACCAGUGAAACCCCCAAGACCUCGAAGUCGUCUCUCUCGUCUAUCAAAUCAUUAUCUGAUAAGCAAUUAACGACUUCUCAUACAACAAAGUUUUCAACUUCAGAGAUUAUUUCUAAGACAGGGACGGCAAAAGAAGUAACAGAACCUACUACAUUACCUACAAGUAAGGUUCAGAUUUCGAGCCAAAGUACUAAAUCAGAAUCAUUAAAGUCACAUUCCUCAAAGACAUCUGCGUCGUCACAAGGGGAAUCAAGCACGAAAACCACUUCCACUCAAACUUCUUUCUCUAAACCAUCAUCAACAGAAAUGAAUACGAGUGUUAUUUCAGGUUGUACGGCAACCCUCUCGGUUUUAGGUCAAGUCUUACCAGUAUGCCCACAUACUAUCACCCUUGAUUCAUUCUUUUCCACUUCGAAGACACCGGGUUCUGUCUCGCCUACUAGUAUUGUAGUCUCGACGAGUGUUUCUGCCACUUCAAAAUCGGCUGAAACUACUAGUAAGACAUCUGAUAGUAAUUCUGCCACUUUUAAUCCAGCUACUUCCAAUCCAGCUACUUCCAAUCCAGCUACUUCCAAUCCAGCUACUUCCAAUCCAGCUACUUCCAAUCCAGUCAGCAAAUCGCCAGAUGCCCCUACUUCAGUUUCUCAAACCAGUAUACAAACAACCAACCCGGUUAGCAUGUCUCAGGAUACAUCUCCAUCGAUUCCUGCCACCAGUAAUCCAAUAAAACCUGUAUCUGUGCCAGGGAACAAGCCGGCUGAUACUACAACCAAUAUACCACCAUCAGGAUCUACGGUUCCUGGAUCCAUUGCAGUUCCUACUACUUCUAAUCCAGCUACGAGCAAAUCACCUGAUGCUCCUACUUCAAAUCCGGCAACCACUAAAUUGCCCGAUGCUCCUACCUUGGCCUUAGCAAGUAGCACACCGAUCGUACCGGCUACGACGAAGCCAUCUGACUCUCCUGCUACUAAUGCAGGAACUAUGAAGUCACCUGAUGCAGCCACUUCAAAUCCAACAACUACAAAGUUACCCGACUCACCUGUUUCGCCUACGACUAGUCCUGUGACUUCAAACACUAGUAAUGGCGGAGGAGAUAUUUCAAAUAUUGCCCCAACAACAUCGCCAACUACUAAAGCUCAGGCUGAAACUGCCAAGGCGAUCUCAACUCCACAAGUAACUUCAAAUCCCGUAUCUGUACCCGGAACAAAACCAACUGAUAUUGCGACCAAUGUGGCACCAACAGGAUCAACAGUCUCUCCAUCAAUUGCAUCACCGCCUCUAUCUAAUCCAGUUGGAACAAUGAGCAAUGUACCGCUACCAGUGAUAACAAGUAAUGUAUCACCGCCUGUUACAACAAAUCCAGUAUCUAUUCCUGUAACUAAGCCAGCUGAUAAUACUACAAACACAUCACCACUAGUAUCUACAGUUCCUGGAUCGACGGCAGUUCCACCUGUGUCUACAAACCCUGUAUCUGUUCCUGGAACAAAGCCAGUAGAUACAGCUCCAAUAAGCAAUCCAACUAACACUGCAACUGGAAGUCUUGCAUCUCCAUCUUCAUCUACUGGAUCUACUACUCCUGCUAUUGGAAUUCCAGUUGGACUACCUAGUGACAAAAGUACAGCUCUUCCAACCACUGGAACGAAUGAUAUAAUCGGUACCCAACCCGUAGCUAGUAAUCCUGGAAUCCAAACCGGCGGCACAGGAAAAUCACCCUUAGCAUCUGACACCGCUUCCAUUAUUUCCAGCAUCCAAGUAUCACCCACCGGCGUAAAGACCAAUCCCGAUGUGACCACUGCAAUUUCCAGCCCGACUAUGACUCCCACAACUAUCAAGCCUUCACCUGGCCAAACCACUGUCGCUCCCGUUGUAUUCAAUUCCCUGACUCUCAGUCAAGGAAGUUCCAACUUCGUAGUCGGUUCACAAACGAUAAAACCCGGUUCCGAAGCCACGGUAAGUGGUGAACGUAUCUCCAUUGCUCCAUCCGGCUCUGCAGUCAUCAUCAAUGGCGUAACCACAAGCACUACGUCCACGUCCACUCCGUCCAAUGCUGCCAAGGUCGUUCUGUCAACCACCACUGAACCCAUCCCUGGUGUCGUUGUCGUCGGAACAUCUAGUGUAACAGCCGAUUUCACUAAAUCCGGCUUCGUCAUCGGAAGCGCCACUUUGACUCCUGGAGGUGCGAUUACGCAGGGAAGUACUAUUAUUACUCUUCCUCCUAGUAGUACUACCUCUCUUCCUUCAAACGUCGUGGUAAUUGGAUCUUCGACCUUUACUAAAAAUUCCGCCUCUGGAGUUGUAAUCGGUAGUCAAACCCUGAAACCUGGCUCCGUUAUUACAGUCGAUGGAUCUACAGUUUCAUUAUCACCUACUGGAAAUGCGGUGGUAGUCAAUGCAAAUAGUGGGUUUGUAACAAGUACUGCUUCUUUGCAAAGUGUAGUUCCGUUGAGCAGCUUUGUCAUUGGGGGAAAAACGCUUACGGCUGGAGGAACAGUGACGGAGGGUGGAGACAUAUUGAGUUUGGCUGCGGGAGGAACAGGGAUUGUGGUCGUAGGUACUAUGACUGUGGGUGCUGGAGGUGCAACAGAGACGGCGAAAAAGAAGAGUGCGGGUGUGAGAAUGAGUCUUGGUGGGUGGGGAUUACUGUAUUUACAGGUUUCUUUUGUACUUUUUGGGUUGUUGAUGUGA